GAUAUGCGGGCUAGACCAAGUUGGGGUAGGAUGCUAAGUAGGUGAGUGCCUUUGGUUUGCUCUUAACAGGAAAUUGAAAAAGGAGGCCUACCAAGAUGCCGGAGGGUGGCAGUAUAUCGGAUGGCGCUGGAAGGGUCCUGACCCUCGAGGACCUCAUCGCAGCCCUAGAUCGACAUGAGAAGACCCCAAGUAAUGUUCGUAAGGUUGAGACCUUCCGCUUUGAUGGGGAAAGGGUCUCAGACUGGCUAGACCUGGUGGAGCAGGCAAUGGUGGGAUUGUCGGAUGAGGUGAAAUUUCAGCGUAUUAUGAGGUACGUGCUCCAUAGGCACCAUCAGGAGGUGCAGAAGGUUGUGGAUGUCGCCCAUGGCAGUUGGGCAAGGUUUAGGGAGAGCAUGCUGCGCAAGUAUCGGUUAAGUGAUGGGUUGUUUACCAUAUCGGACCUUGAGGCGAUGAACAGGGAUGACUUUACCACGAUAGGGGCCUUCGUGCAAGAAUUUAAGAAGAAGGCAAAGAAAGUCCAUGGGAUCUAUAAGGAGACGCAGUGCGCCAUCUUUCUGGGACUGCUCACUGCGUCAGAGGCGGCCGAAUUGACGAGUCAUGGAGGAGGCAGCGCUAAGCUUACCUGGGCUACCAUCGACAGAGGAGUGGAGGAUGAGAGUUUAGACCAGGUAGAGCAGCAUCAGAUGCGCCUGCAAAGAAGGAAAAGGAAGGAGAGGGACGCUAUCGCAUCAGGGACUCCGGGAGUAAGGAGGAUCGUCACUGAUGUACUCACGGCGUUAGGCUACGGCCAGGAUGCCGAGGCGCAAAAACAGGUGGCAGCCAUUGUCCAAGGCCGAGGAAAGGAGGCGGGGGAUGAAGGUGGCGGGCAGGAGGAUUAUGGCGGGGAGGAGACGAGGUCGCAGAUCCUUACCAAGGCCCAGCGGAAGCAACGUAACCUGUUGUUGGGUGGCCAAGGGUCUGGCAAAGGGCAAGUCCCCCAGGCAGUUGCUGCAUCGCCAGCGGCCGCCGUAACCGCGCCCGUAUCGACGGGGCCAGCACCAAUGGGGCCGCCUCCGGCCUGUGGACAUUGGGUACCGUACUGUCUAGCGGCGCCCUGGCCUAGCUGUAGUCAUUGCACCUCGUGUGGAGGGAGCCAAGCCCAUACUGGACAGAUGGUUCCGUUUUCGGGACCGCCAACGAGCGCAGGGCCGCCAAGUUUCCCGGCGACGCAAGGCCAAUUCACGGCCCAGCCUCCCCCCUCACAGCAAGCAUCGCAGGCUAGUGUGGCGGGAGGAGGAGGCCAAGGGCAAGGAGGACAGGGCAAUGGUGGUCGGGGACAAGGAGGUCGAGGGGGUGGCGGACGAAGCCGAAAUGGCGGGGGACGUGGCGGUAGAUGGAACAGCCAAGGGGGCCAGGGCCAAGGUGACCAGGGCAGUCAGCAAGAAGGUCAGGGAUAUGGGAGACCGCGCUUUAACUGGCGGAACGCGACCUGCUGGUAUUGUGGCGUUGUAGGCCACACGAUUCGGUUCUGCCAGCAACGGCGGGAUGAUGAGCUUGCGGGCCUAAUUUCCUCGUGUAUGGAUGGGGAUAUAUACGAUAAGUGGGGGGAACACAUUGACCCCAAGACCCCGGGAGGGAUCAAGCAGGAGACCCUCAGGCGGGCGGCGGCAGGGCCGUCGGCCACCCCGGCGAUGUUCAGAAUGUGGCAGGAAAGGGAAGACCCGGCCAUAAGAAUAGAGGAGAUUACGGGGGAUAGUGAGGAGGUUACGCAACGACUAAAGGCCAGGGCCAUAAAGGAAGAACCGAUAGUUGUUGAGCCAGAUGACGAGGGGAGAGAGGAUGAAGGGGAGCCGACUGUAACCACCCUGGAAAAGAUGGAGGAUUUGAUGGAAAAAAUGGGGAGGUACCAGCGGAGACUAAAAGAGCUAUGUGAUGAAGUCCAAGGGUGGAAAGCCGACCUCCCAAAGGUCUUCCUCUAUGAGACCGGGCGAGGGUCGGCAGCCGGACAGCAGAGUAGUCCCGGGGUUGCCAUGGCAGGGUCGGGCCCCAGGUCAGGAAUGAUGUUCAGACCGCCCACCCCACAUGGGCGGGCGCCGCAAGCAACUCAAACUAGGAGCCAAAGUAAGGCGGGCCCUAGUCAGCCGCCAAGCCAAGCGCCAAGUCAAGCACCUCCGCGGAAGAGACCUAAGCCUGAGCGUAGGAAGGAGGUGGUCAAGGUCCAGGAAGAAGAAGGAGAGGAAGACGACAAAGAGGAUGAGAGACUUCGUCAGGAGGAGGAUCGGCAGACGGAGCAAAGAGCCCAGAGAAGGGAGGUUCAUGAGAGAGCCGAGCCAGGUCUACAGGAAGGUGUGCCCAGGAAGAGAAAGUACACCGUCAGGUUGGAAGAGGAGUUUGAUGUGGAAACGAUGGUAGACCGGCUCCUUGAAGGUCAUAACGACCUUAUGAACUUAAAGGACAUUCUGACAUCCUCUUCAAGACUCCGGGAGGAGUUGAAAGGGCGAUUGUCUCAAAGGCUAGUGCCCAAUGUGCAUCUGAGCGCCGUCCUGCCCAGGGAAGUGGGAUGGACACAAGCGGGGACAAGAAUGGACUGGAAGUGUGCGGCAUGCGGAUUGGUGGACUUGGUAGUAAAAGAGAAGAAGUGUGUGGCAAUGAUGGAUACGGGCGCUGAAAUGAACAUCAUUAGGGAAAGAGAUGCGCUCAUGCUUGGGAUGGAGAUCGACCGUGCAGAUCCUGGCGUGCUGCACGGAGCAAACUGCAAGGCAGUUUUUUGCGGCACUGCGUCGAAUGUGAUUAUCGAGAUUGGCAAGGUGCGAGUGAGGACGUGCUUUUUCGUCAUGCAGGACGUGGACCACCCUAUCCUUCUGGGUAGAUCGUUCAUGUGCAGGACAAAGACCCUAAUCUUCAAUAAGCACGAUGGAACGAUGAUACUGCUCCUGAGUGACCUAGCCUGUGGAAACUACGAAAUCGUCACCUGCCGGAACACGGGGCCAGGGAGCGAGCGGAAUAGGCCUAACCCCGGCUCAUUCACCUAUGUGGAAUCGGAGAACGAGCGGCGGAGGCUCGCGGAGGAGUCCGAGGAGGAAGGUGGGGCGGAGGUGCUGUCACUAAGCCUUACAGGCGUAAGCAAGGCUAUGGAGAUCGUGACAGCACAUGAGAUGGCGGACCCAGAGGCCAUCAAGGCCUUGCGAGAGCAUGUUUUGGAAUGCCCACAGGCAGGAGAAGUGGAGCUUAUCUAUCGACUUCCUGGAGGAAGGAAAGGGUCUGCGAUGACACAAGCGCAAACAACAAGCCGUCUUUUCCUGGGGCGAAAGAAAGCCUGGUUCCCCGACUAUCAGCUUCUCUUCAUUUCCAUCAUUGAUACAACAUGGAUCCUUCAGUGCCUGCUCUUGCAUCCGCUGUAUCAAUCCUCGCUCCCGCUCGUAAUAAGCCUCCUCAUCUUCCGUAACGAGCACGAGAACAGGGCGACACUUUUUAUGUACCGUUUUGUACUGCCUUUGGGCACCCUGCUUAAGCUGAUGGUGCAAUUAAUAAAGAAGAGGCAUCGCGCAUAUGCUUUUAAUAACGACCAGCGUGGGAGGCUGGAUGUGGACAAAAUCCCGAUGAUCCGGAUCCACACAGUCCCCCACGAGCCCUGGAAUCUAAGGGGUGCGCGAUACCCAAACCCUGAUGAGGAGAAGAUGGUGGUGGACUAUUUGGAUGGCAAGGUGCACACGCAUGUUGCCGGCUACUCUAGCGGUCCGUAUCCUUCCCCUUGGUUCUGCUUUAUUAAGCCGAACGGGAUGCUACAGUGGGUACAGGAUCUACAACGACUAAAUGCGGUAACGGUGCGAGAUGCGAGAGGCUUGCCGAACGCAGAUGCACUGUCAGAGUCAUGCGCAGGGAGGCUUAUAAUCUCACUUAUAGACCUCUAUUCCGGGUAUGAUCAGUUUCCUGUUUACCCGCCCAAUAGGCUGGUGACAGCAAUGCACACGCCAAGGGGGCUAAUCCACAUGAAUGUGGCCCCUCAAGGUUGGACAAAUGCGGUGGCGAUGGUGCAAAGGCAUAUGAUCAGGGCCAUGCAAACAGUCAGUCUGCACAUCACUCAACCCUAUAUCGACGACUUAGCGGUCAAGGGGCCAAAGGAGAAAGAGGAGGACGAGGUGCAGCCCGGAGUGAGGCGUUUUGUUGGGAGGCAUAUCCAGGAUCUCGAUCGAGUCUUGGGCCUGCUGGAAGAGUAUAACCUCACUGCAAGUGGACCAAAGUCCAAGCACUGCAUGAGAGAGACCACCAUCCUGGGGUUUGUCUGCAACGAGAAGGGCCGGAAGCCAAAUGUGAAAAAGACAUCCAAAAUCUUAGAGUGGCCGGUGUCUUCCCAGACCAUAACGGUUGUGAGGAGUUUUCUUGGUACCUGCGGAUUUUGGAGGAGUUUCGUGAAAGACUUUGCCGCCAAGACUAAGCAUUUAAGGAAGCUGGUGCGCCGGGACCAGGAGUGGGUUUGGGGCGAAGACCAGGAAGAGGCGGUAACCAGGAUGAAGGGAGAGUUCAAGGAAGGAGGGUUGGUGCUGGGAGCGCUAAAUUAUGAGGGGACUAAAGAAAAGUCAUUCAUCAUCGAGACAGAUGCUGGACCGACUGCAUUGGGAGGGGUUUUGAUCCAAGCGGAUGCCGAGGGAAAGGAGAGGCCGCUAAGAUUCGAAAGAAAGGAGCCAGACGAAGCCGCCCAGGCAAACCGUGCCAAGGUGCGAGCUCGCCUUGCGGAGAUACAUGAGCGGAGGGACAGGAUGAAAGCUGCAGGGAUAGCGCCAACGCCACCAGUCGACCCUAAGACGAGUGAGCAGAGGAUCAACGAGUUGUGGGUCAGAUAUGAGGGGCGGAGAGAGGCAGUUCGCCAAAGGGCACGAGAGACAGGCCGGGCAAUUGAGGGUGCAGACGAGGCGAUAGAGAUUGGGGAGCUGGUUUUUUCUGCCACUAGAAAGGUCAUCGAGUGGGUGGACAAGGAGAUAAAGCAAACAUCCGUCACGGUCUUUCAAAGGUACUUGCUACUUAGUGAUGAGUUGACCCUCAGGAAAGACGAGGUGGAACAGUUGACUGCCCAACUCGCAGAGGAGAGGGUCGAGAACAAGGCCUGGCGAGCUCGCCUGGAGGCAAAGGAGGCUGAAUGGGAGGCGAAGCUCAAGGAAAUGGCGGCCGCAGUGGAAAGACUUGCCGCUACCAAGGUGAUCGACUGGACUGAGCAGAGCAGGUACGACAUCCAAGGCAAGGGGGUGCAAGGGUUGUUUGGCCAAGAGGAGGCAGCAGAGGCAGCUCGGCAAGAGAAGUUGGGGAAGGUAUUUCUGGAUCCAGCUGAGGCAGAGGCAAGAAAGGAAGCCAACAAGGGAAGCUUUGAUUUCAAGGCUCCCACUGAGCUGGCUUCACAGCAGGAGGCCCCUACUCCAGCGGAUACCCCUAUGGAGUCGAUGACCCAAGAACCCCAACCCGCACCAGUAGAAGAGGGGGCGGCUGAGGAGUCACUGGCGAUCCUUCUGGACGUACACGAGGGGACGCUCACUGGAGUGAUGGAGCCUCCACAGUUUGAGGCGCAGGGGAAGGAGCCGUCACAUCUGGACGAGUUGGUGGCCGCUAUGGAGGUGGAUAUGCCACCGGAAGAGCCUCGGGAGCAGAGGACCCCGGAGCACGAGCCAGAGAUGGGGGAAUUGAGGGCACAACUGGGCUCAUGGGCCACUGGGACCGAUUCGGGGGGACUGACUACUGAUCAGCGGCAGCAAGAGGCCACGAGCCAACCUACUAGGGCCGCUACUCCCCAGACUCUGAGGCCUCGCGAGGGUGAGGAAGCGGCUAUGGCAGGGGAAACCCGCGAGGGCAGGCCACUGAGACUGGAUACCCCUGAGUACCAACCCGAGGGAGAGAUGCAGCGAGGGGAGUCAAGUGCCCAGAGAAUCGAAGGAGGAACUGAAGAACCAUGGCACCUGCCCCAGAGUCAUGAAGCGAGCAAGGAGAAGGAAGAGGCACCUCCGCCGUCAGGGACCCAGAAAAGGAAGAAGAGAUUUCAGAGAAAAUCGGAGGCUAUGUGUUUCUAUUUUCUGGAUGGGGUGCAUAGGGCCCUGGAGUGUCCUAAGUUCCUUAAGGACAAGGCUGAGGGGCGGGUUACUGAGCAGGAUGGCAAGAUGUACGAUAGACAGGGCCGAGUGGUAGAGAGGGCUCCGGAUGGGGGUCGCAGUUGUAUAGGCAAAACCAGGAGGAGAUGAGCGAGUAAGGGGCUGGUUUGCCUAUACGCCAGUAGGGGUGAGGUGUUUUCUGUACAUAGAAAGAGUGAG